CAGGUUCCUGUUGUUUACCCCGCAAAACAAACUGGUCGAGCACGUGAUGAUUGAGGGCGAUCACCAGGCUAUUCAGGACUCGCAUUUCGAUGCCACUAAACCGACCAAGUUCAUCAUUCACGGCUACGUAGAUAUGCCCGAAUUGGACCCAUGGAUGAAGGUGAUGAAGGACGAGUACCUGGCUAAUGGCGAGUAUAACGUGAUCAUUGUCGAUUGGUUUGCGGGCAAUCACGGCCUUUACGAUCAGGCCGCGCGCAAUACUCAUGUUACGGGACAAGUGGUGGCAAAUAUGAUCAAGGACCUACAGGAACUGAAAGGUCUAAAACUGAGUGACGUCCACAUACUGGGCCACUCAUUGGGCGCACACGCCGCUGGUUUUGCCGGUGAGGACCUGAAGGGACAGGUGGCUAGGAUUACCGGUUUGGACCCGGCUGGACCCCUUUUUGAUGGAGCCACACAAAAACUUAAGCCAACCGAUGCCGUAUUCGUAGACUCCAUUCACUCGGACGCCGACCCCCUAAUCAUCGGUUUUGGUAUCCACGAGAACUCGGGUCACGUGGACUUCUACCCCAAUGGCGGCCAUAAUCAGCCGGGUUGUGCACUCCUACCCAUACCGUGCAACCAUUUACGGGCCGUAGAGUUCUAUAUGUCCAGUUUGAAAGCGGAGAACCCCAAGGGGGUGGCCCUCCAGUGCGCCUCGUAUGACGACUAUAAGGCCGGCAAGUGUGCGGCAGUGGACGCCGCCCUGUCGGGCACCCUGGGCGAGGAUGCCAUUAAACUGAGCUCGUACAAAACCAAAACUGAGGGCACCAAGUUCUUUUUGAGAACCCAUGCCGAGUACCCCUAUUUUGAGGGCUAGUCAAUAUAAAUAGUUGCACGAUUAGUUUUAUGUAAUAUAAUAACAGAUGAUUGUGUACUGUAUGACAUAUUAAAUAAUAAAAGUUAUAUUUUGAAUUGUA